AUGUACAACAACAUAUUGCAUCCCACUGUUUCGAAUAGUGCUAAUAGUACAGCUACUAACAAGUCUCAACCUUCACCUCAACCUCAACAGCAACAAGCCUCGCUAGUAAGAAAUGCAUCAACACCACGACAGGUUAGUAUCAAGAUGACUGAAAUCUCAAUGAUUCCAGAAACAAAUACGAAACGCCGUUUAUUUCGCAGAUUUCUUAUUUUUCUGCUAUGCUGCUUUUGUGUAGUAGGAGCAGCGGUUGUUAUAGCCAUUGUCAUAAGUUUAUUAAAAUCGCAAGAUUCUGAUGCUACGACGACUACAAUAGCGAACGCAACAGUUAGCGUAACAGUUAGUACAACAAUCAAUACAACCGUUAGCACAACUGUUAGCACAACCGUUAGUACAACAGUUAGUACAACCGUUAGCACAACAGCUAGUACAACAAUACCAGUUACUUGUGCCACUGGAUUAUCUCAAACAUCUUCGGGAACAUGUGUCAAUACUCAAAUUGAUUUCAAUAACUGUGGAUCAGUUGGUUAUGUUUGUUCUUCUAAUUAUACAAGUUGUUCAACUGGUCUAUGUAGUUCAACUCCUGCUGUAGCACUUUCUGGUGCUAUUCCUGUUCCUGGAUUUGGUGGCUCAAUCAGUGUUGAUGAUCAAACAGUAACAGUUGUAUUUCCACUUUCUAUUACAUUGUAUAAUUAUUCAAGUAACAGUAUAACUGUGUCAAGUAAUGGAGUACUUUGUCUUGCUAGUUGUUCUGCUGCUUAUUCGAACACUGCCUUACCAAGUUCUACUUUUGGUGGUCCAACAGUUUUUGGCUUUUGGGAUGAUCUUUAUAUUACUUCUGGUAGUUCUCAAACCAUUUAUUAUGCUGUUAGUGGAACAGCACCUAAUCGAAUAACAACAUUUGAGUUUUAUGAAAGUCAUUAUGGCGGACCAACUCAAUAUUAUCAUUUUCAGAUCAUAUUUUAUGAAAACUUACCAAAUAUUGUAGAAUGUUUGUAUUUGGAAACAUAUGAUGGAGGUGCUUCUGCAACUAUUGGUGUACAACAAUCGGGAAGUGGAUCAAGUAUGACUUAUUUACUAAAUCAAGCAUUAUUGCCAAAUAAUACAACGGUUAUAUUUGAUACAAGUACUGGUACAUUUUCUGGUUAA